ACUUGGAGUUGGGAAAAUGGAGCUGGGCAGGCAUGUAAUACGUAGGGGAGAUAAUCGCUGGGCCAUUAACGUUACAAAAUGGGUCCCAAGGGAAGGGACGCAUGGUCGAGGACGAUAGAAAAUUAGGUGGGGCGAUGAAAUUGCAGAAUUUGCAGGUGCAAAUUGGGAUCAUUUAGCGCGAGACAAGAUAAUUGGUGAUCGCUGAAAGAGGCCUUCGUCCUGCUGUGGACAUAAAAAUAGGCUGAUGAUGAUGGUGAUAACAAUAUUGGGAGGUAGCGGCCUAUCAAGUAAGUUUAUACUGUUGACUCGUUCCACCCAAUGACCUGUCUUCUGUAUACGCAGACGCUGUCAAACACGUGCAGUGCACGCAUCGUGACGUCACCGCAGAAGGAAGAUGGCACCCCUUGCGGCAUCAUUGAGGGUGCCCUGGAGGCCGGCUGCGUAGACUUCGAGCCCGUGCCGGAACUGACCGAUGCGCGCUCCUCCAUCAUGUUCCUGCCUCCGCUUCCAACGGUGGACUCUUUCUGCAACGACAGUGCGGAGUUCGCUCACAACGCGGGCGCCCCGUCACCGCAAAACGCACUGUGCGAUGGUCGAAGCACAUGGAGCGUCAUUUCUGCUACGGACGACUUUCGCCGGUUGAGCGGACCUUCACCUUUGCAGCCAACAAACUUUAAAGUGGUGCGCUCGGGUUCCCGACCCGGACGUCUGGUCCUAGUUAUGGACGUUUCUGCAAGCAUGGCACAGGGUGACCGCUUGGCACAACUGAGGCGAUCCGUAUGCCGAUUCCUGGAGGACGGUGCUCCCGAUCACUCUCUGGAACUGUCGAUGGUAGUCUUCAGCCAGAGGGCGCGGAUUCUUGAGCCCCUGACGAAGCUUAACGAGACCGUGCGGAGGAGGUUGAAGGAGACCGCGCUGCCUGUUUCUGUCGGUGGGAGAACCUCCAUGGGAGCUGGGAUCAUCGCUGCUCUUAAGGUGCUGGAGACCGGCGGUGCCGAGGGCAGUGCUGUGCUACUCAUCACUGAUGGCGAGGAGAACGAGCCACCCUUCCUGAGCCAAGUGCUGCCGCGGCUGUUGCAGAAAAAGGUGACGCUGCACACGUUAGCCGUUACGAUGGACGCGCAAGCUUCGCUCGAGAAAGCGGCGCGAGACACGGGCGGACGAGCGUUCUCAACAGUCGGCUCCGAUGAUGUUGUCACCGGCAUUGCGGACGCCUUCUCCUCAGCCGCUGUCGAGCAACUCGACGGAGAGACUCGCCCGGUUACGCUAUUCAGCGAGUCUGUCAACGUUACGAGAUUUGAUGUGCCUGUGGAUGAAGAGCUCGGUCGCGCUACGCAGUUCGUGAGCUCCUCACGGCACCUGGAAGUGGUCAGCCCCUUAGGCGAGCGCAUGCUGGGCUCCUACGACGCAAGCCUUCAAAGAAGCAAGCUUCUGUUGGACAGGGCUUGGACAGGGCGGUGGACCGUGCACCUGUCAGAUCCGGCGCGGGUGUCCAUAACAUCCUGGCCAUCGCGUUCGGGCCCAGUCACCCACCUGCGGGCUUUCUUCGGCGACAGCGUACUGAAGCGGGCUGCAGCCCACCUACCACCCGCCGUGUUGCACGCUGAACUGGUGCGCGGUGCGAGGCCUCUGCUGGGCGCCUACGUCACGGCUUCGGUGCGGACACCAGGAGGACGGGAAGUGCAACUGCCGCUGAGGGACGACGGCGCAGGCAUUGACGUGGGCGCCGGGGACGGCGUCUACAGUGCAGCGUUUUUCGCUUUCGACGUGGCCGGCCGCUAUGCGGUUCAAGUGCGUGCCAGGGGCCGUCGAGAAGCAAGAAAUGGAAACUGGAGUUUCUCCCGAUUUGCUGAUGCCGGGUCACUGUGGGUGGGAGCCGUCGACAGCAACCUGGCGUAUCCGCCUGCGACCGUGCGAGAUCUGCGCGUGGAAGGGAGCAGGCGCACCGGACAGGGAUGGCUUGUCACCCUGGCAUGGACCGCAUCAGGCGACCAGCAGGAUCAAGGCACGAGUGCCAGGGUAGAGCUGUUUGCGGCGAAAACGGCAUCUGCACUGCGGAAUAUCUCGGAGGGCUCCCACAAAAACAAUACCUCACUACAUCGAGUGACGGAUACGGAACUGGCAGCGGGCAGUAGCCUGACUCUAGUUCCUCCAGCUGGCCACCUGCACAGGGUGUCUAUUGUGACCGCGGGGCCUACCAGUGACGAAGUGCACGAGCUCUACUUCACCGUCGUCGCAGUGAGCCACUCGGGCGUCCGGUCUGCACUUUCCAACAUUGCCGCAGCCAGCUUAGCAGCUGGCGUCAAGUCAAAGCACGCGUCAUUUCCGCCCUGGCUUCCGGUGCUUCUGUUCUCACUGGUCGCAGUGGCCGCUACCCUGGUUCUAGCCGCUACAUACCUGCGCGUGCGUCGUCGCGAAGUUUUGCGCUCCGACAGACCCGUGGCUGUGUUCGCCGCGGCCCCGGGCAAGGCGCAGCUCGAGAUGGCUUGUAGGACGAGCCUUCUAGCGCAGCCCUGAGACGCACGUGGUGACCGCAACGCCGAGAGGAUGAGACAUAGGAUACGCCACUACGUGAUGCCCACGAAACUGCUGAUGCCGUUCUCACUGUAUGACGUCAAUUUGUUCACGCGUUAAAAUACAAACUUGACACUUUCCUUCCUUCACCGGUUGUACUACGAUACCGGGAUAUUUGAGCAGAUUCAAAUAGGGUAUUUUUAAAGCCAAGGGCCAAACUAGAGCACUGCGUGGGCUCGGGCUUACCCGAAAGCUCGGGCCCGGCCCGGCCCACGGGCCGGGCCGGGUAGAACAGUUUUUUCACGGGCUCGGGCCGGGCUCGGGCACGGCGUGUGAUUUUUGACCCGGGACCGGGCCGGGCUCGGGUUUUGUAGCGUUAGCUACACUGGCCUAGCCAAGCCCGUUUCGCGCGGCACAUCAAGAGCCGUGCUGCGCAUGCGCAAGGGUCAGUGAUGUCACACGGCAUGCGCACCGGAGCCACCGGAGCCGGCACCUCUCGCGCACUCCGCCGCCGCCGCGCGCGGAUCACCGGCGCCGG